AUGAACAACUUAAAUGACCUCCUCGCUAACAUAAACAGAACGUUAAUCUUUCCCCCAUUAUUAUCAAUUGAAGAAGUUACUCUUCUUUACAAUACCAAAAGGCCUUUUCGAAGUCAUAAAAACUGUCACGGAUAUAUGUUGUUCAGAAUUUCUGUUGCUAGAGAAUGCAGAAGAUUAGACGAAAACAAUAAAACGAUAAUCGCUGAGGCAGCAAGUCAUUUGUGGAAAAAUUCCACAAGACAAGAAAAACGUGAAACUUUUUCCCAACAAUUUUUAUUAUUUUCGAAACGUUAUUCUUAG